UCAAAACAUAACCUCAACUUUUUGGAAUAAUUGUAAACAACAAACGAUUUUUGUUUCUUUGCAAUAUAUUGCUUUUUAUUUCCAUAUUUGUUGAUAACAUUCGGAAAAAAAAUGGCAAGCAGUAGUGAUAAAUAUGAAAUUCCACAAGAUAUGGCCCGAAUAUUGUACGAAGAAGGAGCCUUAUUGAUAAUUGCUGGAAUGCCAGUUGGAACGGAGUUUGGAUUAGAUUUAAGCAUAAACAAAGUGGAUGAAAUGUUUCGAGGAGUGAAAAUGGUUCCGCCUGGUGCUCAUUUUGUGUACACAGCUGCCGAAGGUCUAUAUGGUGAUACAGCGUCACGUGUUGGUUUCAUUCAUUAUUUUAAGAAACAAGAGAUUGUUAUUCGUGAAUGGGACGAUAACUUAGAGGAGCUGCGACAUCGUUCAAAUGUAAACAUUGAAGCGGACAAAUCACGUAUACGUGAAAAUUUGGCCGAUUUGGAUAGAUUUUUGGCACCCUAUGACUUUGAACAACUUAAAAAAUGGCAACAGUUGACAAAUGAACUAACCGAAGAAGUGAUACAACGAACGAUACCUGAAUGUGGUGUUAUUCGAUCAUCAGCCGAAUUUCAGUCAUGUCCGGAUGCCGAUCGUCCAAAAGGUCAAUCGCCUCUAACUCGUACUGUGAAUAUUCGACAAAAUCAAACCGAAGAUGAACUUUUGCCAAAACUUAAGGUGGUGCCCGGAACAGCUCCACGAUUUACCAAAAUUCCAGCUUUAUAUCCAAACAGUGCCAGUCCAGCGGAAAUAUCUGAAUGUCAUUUAGAUUCAAUUCGUGCAAUAGAAAUGUAUUUUAGCUCAUUUUCGGAACCAUUCGAAGCAAUACGGGAAAUUCAAUUGUCAUUUGUUCUCUUUCUAUGUGGUUGUUCGGUUGAUGCAUUGGCACAUUGGCGAAAAAUUUUAGGACUUUUAGCCAAAUCGGAAUCGGCAGUUACAAAAUUUAACUAUUUUUAUCGUCAUUAUUUGGAAACGCUUAAAAUACAAUUGCCAGAAUUACCGGAAGAACUGAUGAUGCCAACGCCAAACAAUACAGUUUUCAAAGAUAUUGGACAAUUAAUAUUAAACUGUACGAUAGGCGGAUUAAAAUCGGAAGCGGAUACAUUUAUAGUUUACCUAACCAAUAAAAUGUCAUGGCAUUUUGAUGAUUUAUUCGAUGAAAAUCCAGAAGAUCUACCGGUUGUCGUCGAAACAUAAUGUACAAAAUAAUUUUCAUUCAAUAAAUUAAAUGGAUUUCAAAUAA